AUGCUGCCCUCAACAGUCACCGUCCUCUCAAGCAUGCUCACUCUAGUGGCUGCCGCUCCAAGCAACAUACUCUCUCGCAACCCAUCGAGCGAUCCCAUGCUACUCACCUGGUGGGACAACGGAUGCGCACAGCCCAACCCGUCGGACGGUCCUGGCAACAGCAACACCUACGUCUUCAGCUCAGAGGGUCCCAGCUACCCUGGCGACUGUGUUGCGACUCCCUCGUACAAUUGGCAAAGCGUCAAACUCCAGCAGGACUCCGACGCGAGCUAUUCUGUUGAGCUUUUCUCCGGCGAAGGUUGCAAUAACCCGAUUCUUACCGUGACCCAGGAUGGCUGUUACACACAGCCCGAAGGAGCAAUUGUACUUUCAGCGAGGGCGAACUUGAAGUAA